AUGAAAGUUGUUUUUCAUAUUGUGAACUACACUAAUCUAUGUAAGCCCACUGUUAGGAUGAACAAGGGAAAGAAGAUUGCUAUUACUCGUCCUUAUGACAAUGUGAAGGAUGUGAAUGACUCCAAAGAUGUUUGGAGUCUUGCUGUCAGGGUCAUGGAUCUUUGGUGUGUUACUGGUAAGUACAGACAGGAGCAGUACUUGGAGAUGGUAAUUGCUGAUAAGGAGAAUGACAUGAUCCAGCUGACUGUUCCAUAUGAGGAACUUGCUAAAUGGAAAGAAAUCUUGAAGGAGAACAAUACUUAUACAAUGCUAAAUUUUAAGGUAUUGAAAAACGAUGUUGCGGUCAAAGCUUCGACUCAUCCUUUCAGACUUGCAGUUUCAGGAGCAACCAUUAUCAAACCAGUUGAUUUUCCUACCAUCCCUUUAGCCUCUUUCAGAUUUAAAGACUUUGGAGAGAUUCUGGCUGGAAACUACAGGAAUGAUCUGCUCAUAGAUGUCAUUGGAGCUUUCCAAGAUAUUACUAAUACAAAUAAAAAGGGAACAAUCAUAAGAUCAGUCACUUUUCUUCUUAAGGAUGCUAGUGGCCUAAUGAUUCAUGCCACACUUUGGGAUGAGUUUGCAAAGCAAUUCUUUGAUGCUUUUAACCAGGCAAAUGGACCUGAAACAAUCUUCAUUGUUCUCAAGCAUGUGAGGGCUAGAGAAGCACAAGGUAUUUAUCCUUUGUGUGUCACCAAUACCUGGUCUGGAACUAAGGUCAUAAUCAAUGCUGAGAUUCCUGAAAUUGCUGAGUUUAAGACUAGAUUUGCAGAACUUCCAAUUGAUGAUGUCAAUGCAAGCCAACAAUUGUCACAACUUACCCAAGGAUCUCAGAUAACUCAACAAGGGGAUAUCAUGAAUAAGGCUCAUUUUCUCACUCUUUCUGAGGUCAAUCAUGUGAUGCAUGAAACCAUUUGUGUAACUAUUGCUGAAAUCAAAAAGAUCAAUGCCAACAAAUAUGGAUGGAUCUAUGAUGGAUGCAAUUUUUGUACUAAAGGUGUGAGGAUGGAUAAUGGCCAACUCAAAUGUAGAGGAAACCAUAUUAAUGAUGAAGCAAAACCCAGGUUUAGGGUUGAGGUUGAAGCUGUUUACAAGAAUGAUAAGGCAAAGUUUUUGUUAUGGGACAAUGAUGUUGCAUCCAUAAUAGGAAUGUCUGCUCAGGAGCUGAAAGAACAGUUGGUUGAGGUUAACAUUUUCCAUUACUUCUAA